GGGCGCGGACACACUGGCGUUCUCAACUGUCGUGCGUAAACGGCACGAAGACUGGCUCGCGCGUAAAGUGAUAAUCCAGGAUUAACCUCCACAAGAUUGCAACAUUCAUCUGGCCAGAACUGAACCAGGUGAGAAUGUCGUCACACUCACACAGGAAUGCCGCAGGGAUGCUGCUGUUUGAGAUCUGUGGAACAUUGAGGACUAGUUUCACAGCCAUGAGACGACUCAGCAGCAGUCAUGUUGUGAAAGCUGGAAACUUCUUCUGUCUUCUCUUCUUUUUCAUCACCUUCAACUACAUAUAUUCAAGAUUUUAUUUGGUCGACCUGCCACCUGACAAUGAAGAAGAACAUAGACAGAUCAUCGCUAUGGAUACCACACUUGACUUUGGGGCCAGACCGGAUGUUACGGCGAGAACAUAUUGGAUGGCUCCCAUCAUAUGGGAGAACAUGUUUGACCCUCAUUAUUACGACCAAAUGCACAUUCACCUCCAUUCGUCUGUGGCACUCACUGUGUUUGCUGUUGGCAGGUACCUGGAUGCCUACAUCGAGACCUUCCUUACUUCUGCAGAGAAACACUUCAUGUUGGGGUUACCAGUGACAUAUUACGUGUUUACAGAUACGCCAGAGAAGGUACCAAACAUUGAACUUGGUCCUCUGCGAAAAUUGAAGGUUAUCGAGGUAGAAAAGCACUCGAGGUGGCAGGACAUCUCUAUGAUGCGAAUGCGGACAAUAUCAGACAUCAUAGAAUCAGAGAUUCGUCACAGCUUCAGAUAUGUGUUCUGCUUUGAUGUGGAUCAAGAGUUUAAAGGGAGAUUUGGCACAGAAGCUCUAGGGGAGUCUGUGGCCUUGCUCCAUGCGCACUAUUACAAUCUUCCAAAGUACAGGUUCACUUAUGACAAAAACCCUAAAUCCAAAGCAUUCAUGGAAACCGGAGAUUUCUAUUACCACGCUGCAAUCUUUGGAGGGUUUUGGGAAAAUGUAAAGAAUUUGACUGAUGUGUGCUAUCAGAGAAUCAUGGAGGACAAAAUGAAUAAAGUGGAGGCUCUGUGGCACGAUGAAAGUCACCUAAACAAGUACUUCUGGUUAAUCAAACCACACAGGCUGCUCUCCCCCGAGUAUUGCUGGGACAUGUCACUUCCUGCCAAGGACAUACGCAUCACCCGUCUAAUAUGGUCAAGAAAAGAUUAUCACACACUUCGUGAAAAACAAAAAAAUAUAUAAAAUCCCUGAGUUCUGCGACAGCAGAAAAUUAGGCUUAUUUUAAUUAGAUUUGAGUCUAUAUUUUAGUUUGAAGUCCUUGUAAAAGGAAAUGGAUAGAUAGAAAUUGAAUUGAAAACAUCUUUAAUGUCAAUGCUACUCUUAAUGUUGUUGUGAUUUCUCUUAAUUGCACUAAUUGAUUUGCACUUCUCGGCCACCGUACAUAGCUCCACUGAUCCCAAAAGAUCGACAGCCAAAAUCUUAAUUUUUAAGAAGCCUGUUUAUUGCACAUAAGGGUGGACAGGCAUCUUGUUUUUGUAGCUGUAUGUUAUUUUAUUGUUUACAUUUAACUGUGGCUUUUAGUUUUAAGAUUUGACAACUAUUUUUUGAUCUGUGACUAAAAAAAAUAUCUUUAUUAAUACUCUUUAUUUAUUUGUUGGGCCUGGAUGUUCAUAUGUUUACAACCUCUCGAGACCACGUCAUGUACAAGAGGGAGAUUCCAGUUGGUGGAACAUCACCAUAUGAUGACCUUGUUCCAUAAAACCUAUUUGACAGCAAGAUUAAGGCUUGACGUCAAAACAUGUUGGAACAUGUUGUUUUAAUUGAUGUGCAUUUGACUAAAAGCUCCUCCUACGAACCUUUUAUGAGAAGUGCUCCUGUACAAACUGUUUGAUUUAGACACUUUACAUAUUUUUUGCUUUUUGCUUUUUUUUGGUCAGAUUCUUGGUGGUGUGGGUAUCUGUCAGAGGUUAGCAGUGUAGUAUGUGGUUGAUUAUUAACAACCAGUGAUUUAUAGACAUGGGAUACCAUUUCUUCUUCCUACUCCAUUUAGAACAUAUUAACAAGUCUUUAAGUUAAGUUUAAGUUAUUUUCUGCCUGUUGUUUUGUGGGUUUUACUAUAUUCUUAAUA